CUGUUCAGCGAUUCGAAAAUUCCCCAAAACCCUCGCUCUUUUCUCACUCACUCUCCUCCGACGUCGUUUCGAAUCGGCGCGCCUUCCGAGAAUCGCCCAAUACACGUCAUCAUCGGCUCCACUUCACCGCCGUACCAUGCCUCGCGCCACUUCGAAAAGAAAAGCGCCGCCGUCGACCUCCGCCUCCGUCACAUCCUCCGACGUCGUUUCGACUCGUCCAGGUAAAAGAGGCAAAAAGGAUGUAGACAAGAUAGGGGACCUAUUUGAUGUGUACGUUAACAAGAGCCUCGACAUGAUUGACCCAGAAGGAAUUGUGUCUUUUUGUUCGCAUUUGGGAGUGGACCAUACUGAUGUCAGAAUCCUGAUGCUUGCUUGGAAAAUGAAAGCGGAAAAGCAAGGAUACUUUUCCAGGGAAGAGUGGCGAAGAGGCUUGAAAGAUUUGAACGCUGACACCAUAGCUAAAUUGAAGAAAGCACUCCCAGGUCUGGAAAAAGAGUUGAUGGCCACACCCAAAUUUGAAGAUUUCUAUGCUUUUGCAUUUCAAUACUGCUUGACAGAAGACAGACAAAAGAGUGUUGAUAUCGAGACUGUGUGUGAAUUACUGAAUCUUGUGCUGGGUCCCAAAUACCGAUCCCAGGUUGAUAUAUUAACCAAGUAUCUGAAGGUCCAAAGUGAGUACAGGGCAUUAAAUGCUGAUCAGUGGAGACAUUUUUACCGUUUUUGCAAGGAGAUAAGUUUCCCAGACCUCGAAGACUAUGAUUCUGAUCAAGCAUGGCCUGUGAUAAUUGAUAAUUUUGUUGAAUGGAUGAAAGAAAAUAAGCAAAGCUAAUUUGAGCAUCUUUGGGGACAAUGUGAUCCCUUUUGUGAGAAUACAAUGCUAACUAUAAGAAGGUAACAGAUUCUUUUAUUCCUUUCCGUCCCAUUCAUGGCUUGUACUAAAUCACAGCAAUUGAGUUAUCAAACUAGUAUAAUGUUUUAUUCCUGUCCGGCGGUUGUAAUUAGCUUUCUUCUGUUUGAUCUAUCUGCAGGGCUUGCGAAGAAUUCGACCUUUUGAUUUUACUAACCAAUCAUUCAUGCUUGUCGUUGUUCUUUGUUUGGGACUUGUGGAGCUGCAUUUGCCUCUGCUUCUGCCUCUUAUGAGAA